GAGAGCCAGGCGCUCUAGUGUGUCUGUGCACGCUAGCUCUGGUGGCGGCUGGGAGACAAAAAAAGCUGUGCGCGCUAACUUCCAGCACCAAUGAAGGCCAUCUCCAACCGCGCGCUGGCCAUCAGCUGCCUCCAGGCCUGCGCCAUCUUUGGUGCCGGUUACAUAGCGAGAGGCCGGCCAGCAUCGACUGGCGUGCCCAAAGGCGCGUUCUUCCUGCUCGUAGAGAUGGAAUUCAAGAGCGUCGCGGACCGCGAGAAGGCGGAGGCGAUCUUUGCGCCGGAAGCGAGGUGGUGCCGCGACCACGAGCCCGGAACGUUGUCGUACGAGUGGGCGCGCAGCGACAGUAACGAUAGAGCAAUCAUAGUGGUCGAGCGCUACGCCGAUAAAGAGACAGCCUACGCGUCGGUGCACAAGAGCUCCGAAGCGUUCAAGAAAUUCCGGCCGCAGCUCGCCGCGUUGGAACCGGUGAUCAACGGCCACUCCUACGUCGCGUCAGACAUCGGCUACACGUCGCGGCUCGAGUGAGGGUCUACGCGCGGUGUAAUAAUGUGUGUGUUUA